UGAGACGUCCCUCGGAGCCACAGCAGAGGGAAGAAGGGCGGUGGAAUUCCGUGGUUGCUUUCAGCGCAUUACGCAUAAAAAAACCCUCUUUACGCACGUAAACCCAGAAGAAAACCUCCAUUUGUACACGUGAACUUUUAAAAGUACUUCAAAUGGCAGCGAGUGUAGGAUUGUCCAUGAUGAAUCCUCCGCACGCCACCGAGGAGCGGGCCGUGUUCACGCAGCUGAAGCCGGUGAGGAUGUCGGGAGCGGACGGCGCUGAGGACGCGUCCGUGUUCGAGGACGUCAAACCCGGGAUUCGACUGGAGUUGGACAAAUACCUGCCAGAGGUCCACGUUCCUCUCAUGAACCCCUCGACUCUCUGCGUUGAUAAGAAGUACAGACGGGACAGCGCCUCGGUGGUGGACGAGUUCUUCUCAGAGGAGAAGCCCAGCCCCUACAGCCUCAACAUCAAUCUCAUCCUCCCCAGCACCACCCACCUCCGCACGGGGCUCUACAGGCCCAACACCAAGACCCUCACGCCCCAGCAGAUCAAGAUCGAACCGGGCCUGGAGGUCCCCUGCUCCAUCUCCUCCGGCACCACCCAGGCCCUGCCAGACUUCACCUCCGUCUUCAGCGUGCCGCCCGUGGUCAACAACGUUUUCAUCAAACCCGACAUGAGCUCUGGAGGCGUCAGUGGAUCUCAGCAGCAGUCGAGUUUGGACACGGAGCUUCACAUCGGCCCCCCGGCGCCCCAGUCGCAGGUUUACCACAUGCCCAUCACCAGCUGCGCCGACCUCACGCUGUCGCACUCGUCCCCGGCGUCGCACGGCUCCGCAGGCAGCAGGACGAUGAUGAGCCUCGGAGGCGUCGGGCUGCCCACGUCCAACGGCCACUACAUGAUGCAGGAGCAGCAGCUCCAGCAGCACGGCUACUACCAGGUCAACCCCAACGCCUCCCAGCACACAGCGCCCCACAGCCUGCCGCCCUCACCCCCCAACUCCCAGCCCGGGAGCCCCGACCACGCAGAGCUGCUCGGCUUUGCGUCUCCACCGCCGUACCAGCAGCGUCUCGGGGGCAUGAAGGUGACCGGGAUGUCCCCCCACGCUCUGCUGAUGACACACGGCCAGGGCGUCCUGACGGGCCCCAAAUACAACAGGCGGAACAACCCGGAGCUGGAGAAGAGGAGGAUCCACUUCUGUGACUACCAAGGCUGCAGCAAAGUUUACACAAAGAGUUCUCAUCUGAAGGCACAUCAGAGGACACACACAGGCGAGAAGCCGUACCGCUGCACAUGGGAAAGCUGCGACUGGCGCUUCGCCCGAUCGGACGAGCUCACCCGACACUACCGGAAACACACCGGGGCCAAACCCUUCAAGUGCAUCGCCUGCAGCCGCUGCUUCUCCCGCUCCGACCACCUGGCCCUGCACAUGAAGCGCCACCAGAACUAGCACGGGCAUCGAACCUGUACAUACAGAACACAGACAGUGCAGUAUCCGGACGUGACCGCCACUCCAACGUCACGUUGUUAAUAUGAACAGAAACAAAAUCCUCCCUGUGUGCCGGUGUUGGUCCUGGAGCUCGAUGCUAACACAGGUUUGAGUGACUGCAGGUUUUUCGAGCUGAUUCCAACGUACGAAGUUACGAAGUUUUUAUCGUGAUGACGCUCAGAGAGAGUGAUCGUGGAGUCGCAGAAUCAAAGUCCCUCCGAUUCACUCGCUCGCCCAAUCAUGACUCUUCAUCCCAUUUUUAUAGCAUCAAAUAAUUAAAACCAAACUUACUUAUCAGUGUGAUACAAAAAACCUAAAAUGUCCGAUGAAUCUGUGACAAAUAUUUAUUUAACGUGUAGUUUGACUUUUUAGUUUGUUACACGUCUCAUCUGCUAACAUAGAAGCUGCAGGGAAUAUGACCUGUACUGCAUCCAGCCACCAGAGGGCGAUCAAGGCGCUUUGGGGAAGCCGUUUCAUACAUCUUUAUAAAAAAGUUGUUUACUUGAAUUUGAAUUUGCUCCAUGUCACAUCCACUAACAUGGAGGAGGGAGAGUUUUUGAUAUAUAUUACAAUCAGCCACCAGGGGGCGAUCAUGAAAAUAUCAGAAAUAGAGGAAAUUAAGCCAAUCAGAAGUCCUUCUCCGAACUUUUCCAGGUUUGAAGUUUUCCUCUCUGAGAUAAAGCCGAUCACCUGCCGUCAGUCACCAUCACGUCGAACCAGAGGAUCCACCGGGCGCUCGGGGGGGAUUCUGUUAUCAAACACAACACGUGUGUUAAUGUAAAAACAUGCAAAACUUGAUACAAACACACACAAACACACACACUCCAAGCUCAUCACAUCCCGGGACAAACCUUUAAACAACAACAACAACAACAAAAUGAACUUUUCCAACAACUCAGCUGCCAACGCCCCCUCCCCCCCCCCCGCCCCCGCCCCCGACACCAUCUUUAAUCAUUUUGAGGUACGAACUUUCAAGGAGAGGUGGAAACACUUCUGUAAAUAUGUGUUAAUACGUGUGCAUGUGUGUGUGUGUGUGUCUGUGAGAAUACGACGAAUGUACUGAGAUUUAUACUUGACAUCUUUCUUCUUCUUCUUCUUCUUUUACACUGAACGUUAAUUUGAGUAACGUUAAAAACGAUCCCACGUCAAUAAAACAGUAAACAAACAAUCAAACAGAGAAAAUCUCCACGGAAAAGUUAAUGAUCGCCUCGCUAUGCCUGUUCCAGCACAAGUCCAACCUGUCGAGCUCAGAGCUCCCAGCGAUCUGACAAUGUUUGUAUCCCUGGCUUCGACCGUUGCUCCGGGGACCGAUCUGCCGUGAUGACGGUUUGAUUCCCUUCAGCGGCGUCUUGAUCCGUCUCCUGUUUGUUUGUUCAGCCCGUCGGCUCAAGAGCAGAGAGCGACGGGCGGAUGCAGGUCCUACUUCAUCGUCCCUGAUUGUUCCGAUGGAGUCAGUCCUGUUAACUGCAGGUUACAGUUCUCUUUGUUGCAUCACGUUAAUUCUAAGUUGCGGCGUCUUUCAUUGUUUCAGGGGUUUUAAAAAAAAAUACUUCUCACCCACACAUUUUUGUGCGGCGGCGUAGCUGCUGCCAAGAACAAAGAUUUACAAGACGGAGACAAAAGAAAAGUUCCGUAGAGCAAAUGAAGGGUUUGAGCCUGUGAACGGGAACAAAUGGUCGUUAUCUGGGAAACGUGACAAGAGGAGAGGAUUUAAAACUGGAUCCACUUGACACCUUUUCCCUUUUGGAGAAAAUGACACCACAGGAAUGCGGUGGAACUCUUUGUUCUGCCGGUGAAACAUUCUGUUCAUCCUCUAGUCAUCUUGAUCUGUUCAGCACAGUCGAGCUGUUUGGAAACAGGGCUCCAUCGUAACGCUUCCCGGGUAAAAAGAAGAAAAUACUUCAAUAAUUACUCCUCCGGCUCAUUUGCUGUCAGAAUAAUUAAAUUUUUUCUUAACUUGAAGUCGACAAACGUCCCAAAAUGUUAAGACUCUUUCUCUCAGCCAAUCAGAAACACUGGAUACGAUCAAAUCCAAACCACAACCUGAAGUGAAUCUGUGAUGUCAGAGUCUCAGUCUCUUUUCUUGCACUUAAAAGAAUAAGUACGAAUAUUAAUGAAACUGUAAAAUAUACAAAAGAAGCAUCAUGCUCAGGAACAAAACUGUUUUGUAAAAGUUAGAGCUCAUUGUCAUCAGGUCCUUCAAGGCUCCUUUGUGUUUAUACACUUUCUUUGCCUGUAGGUGGCGACAAUUGGCGAAAAUCGGGACUGAAAUCCUUAAAUUUAAGUCUUUGACGUUACUGGACGAACUCUUUUCAGGGGCUUUGUGUCUUUUAGAGUUUUACGUGCAGGAGCGUUUCUUUAACGAUAACAGGAAGAUGACGUCUGAUCAUUUAAAACACUUGUAACAACGUAUUUAAAGCCAGUUUUUAGCUAAUUUGAUUGGAUCAACCCACUUUGUACCCCCCGAAGCGGUGAUUGACCCAUGUCCGUCCAAUGUGUGUUAAUUUAGGAGAAAACAAAUCUUGUUAUUUCAACUGUAUUGUCGUUUAUUCUUUCUUCCAAAGGAAACAAGUUCUUCUGCCGUCCUCCAGGAGGCAGCACUGACCACCCACUGUGUACAUAACUGUAGUUUAACAGAAAAGUUUGUAAAUAUUUGUUUGGUUUUAUUUCCUAUUAUAAUAUUAAUAUUUUUUCUUUUCUUUAUUUUUUAUCUAAUGGGACUUUAGAUCGGUUUUUAUGUGAAUGUUUGUUUAAUUUUGUUUUGGUUUUGAUACAUCGUGUGUAAGAGAAUUUAUCAGUUUAUGUAAAAUUAAUAAGAACAACAAGAAUGGUUUAUUUUUAUUCCUGUUUGUGUAAAAACGCUGCAAUGAGAUAAUAAAAAGAUUCAUGAAAUAA